GUGUGUUCUGUGGUGAAACCGUGCAACAUAGACCGUGUGGGCGUCUUUAUUCUAUGGUGUGGGUAGCCUUCGCUAUUUCUUCCCUUUGUGAAACUGUGUGAAAUAUCGACAGGUGCGUGAGCCGUGUCGUGACUGUCAGCCGGGCCCAGGCCCUGCCAUUGCUGCUGUCCACGAGUGUGGAGGCUGUGAUAGUGGCCGCGAUAAUCUGUGCGUGCUGUGAGCGGAUCUCCGCGACCAAACAAAUCUGCUUGACAGCAUGACGGCCGAAGAAGGCGAGACAGUCGCGGGCCUUGCGUCGGAAGGCACAGCCGCUAGCGGUAACGAGAGCAUGUCUUACUCCGAACAGAUCGUGGCCCGCCUAACAAAGCGCGGUCUGGACUUCGACCGCGCCUGCCAGUAUGACGAAUGCCACGCCGAUUGCUGGCUGUGCCACGACCUCGACCGAUGGAGCAAGGUCUUGCACCCGGUGAGCCUCGAACUUGUCGAAACAGAGCCGGCCAGGCUGGCCAUCCGCUCGACGCAGACAAAUCGGCGUCAGUACAGCGACGAAGACGAGCUUUAUGACGCCGCUUACGUCUUCUGCUGGCUGCCGAAGGCGCAUCGGUGCGUUCAGCGCAUCAAGAUGGAAGGCCAGGGGCUGGUGCUCUUCUAUCGACCAGCCUUCACCCUCGCGCUGGCGCUAGGCCGGAGCGUCAACGUCCAGCACCUAAAGCUUCACGGUGGCCACGAGACGCCCGUCUGCGAAGAAGAGCUUUCCGAAGGGCUGGCUGGCCUUCGACAUCUCAGGAGCUUCGAAUUUUCCCACUUCACCAUCAAUGCAUCAAUGUCGCGAUGCGUAGGAAACGUGCUGAGACAAAACGCGAGCCACCUUACUGCGGUUUCCUUCUCCGUUAAUCACAUGUCGCAGAAGUCCGUGAACUGCCUCUUUCGAGCGCUGCAGUGCUGUCGCCUUCUCGCAGAGCUGUCCAUCGUCGGGAACAACAUUUCGAAGGGGAACAUGAACUCUAUCGCGAGGCUACUGCACGUGGCGAAGUCCUUGACCAAGCUGACGCUCGACCAGAGUCUGGGAAACAACGCCAGCCUAUUCACCGUUUCAGAGGCGCUUAAGGCCAAUACGUCCCUAUUAGAGCUUCACAUUGGCCGGUGCGACACGCGAUUCGAGCCCCUAUUUGAAGCGCUAACCGCUAACAAGACCCUGAAGCACCUGGACCUGAAUGGUUGCAACAUCAACGGCCUUAAUGCGGAGUCACUCGCGGCAGCACUGCGGAGCAACAUAGGGUUACAAAAGUUGGAAUUAAAGGACGCUCAUGUCGAUGCCGACUCAGUGGGGACACUUGCUCACGGACUGGAAACGAACUGUGCUCUUGAAAUGCUGGAUCUGAGGGAUAACACCGUGACGGCACGUGCUAUCUUCACGUUCUGCAGAACGCUGCGAAAUAACAAGACCCUGAAGUGUGCUCAGUUUUCUGAAGUCGAAGCUACAGAACUGGAAAGGUCAACUCUCUCCUUUCAAAUGGCCCAAGACAAAGGCUACAGCCGCAUCCAGAUGACUUGGGCCGAGCCUGACCUUCCCCCGCUGUCUGCAGCCGUGGCGCUUGCUUCAGAGUCACCGAUGGAACUCCACCUAAGCGAUCUCAAUGAGCUCACCGAAACCAGCAUUUGUGCUCUGCUUGAAAAUCUCGCCACAAAUGAACACGUGAGAACUUUAACAGUCGAGACAAGAGCAGAGCGCAGAAAAAUUGCUGUUGCAUUGUGCUGCGUACUUGCCUUGAACCAAACUAUCCAGUGUCUUGAAAUUAGUAUGGCCCUUGACGAUUCGGACCAUGGGCUGUUUGCCAUGGUCGCCAAGGCACUCGCGACAAACAACACCGUUACUCAAGUAUGUUUCAGAAGCUCGGAAAUAUCCUUGAGGUCACUUAAGUCGAUUGCUUUUAUGCUGUCAAAGAACACCGCGAUCACCAAGCUUGAGUUGAAUGUCACUCACUCUAUGCGCACCAAGCGCCUUGCCAUUCUUUCGCGUGCCCUGGCAAAAAACCACUUUGUCGUGGAUUUUACGCUGACCUCUGCACCAGAUGCAAACCGUGUGUCUUCUCGUUUGUUCACUGCCAUUCGACGAAACACGAGUCUUCUAAACAUGGCUGUGAGAUUUAUCAUGCACCAGAGGCUAGAUAGGCAGGCUGCCAAGGCGUUCGAAGCUCUCAGUGGAAAGGCGUCGCUUGUUCCACACGUAAUGAAAGUGACCGAGCAGACUGAGGGUGAGGCAAGAAUGGCCGUGCUGUCGGCAAUGCGUUACAUUCAGUCAAACUACUUCCAACUAGCGGGUAUUGUGAGAGAAAAUGUUGUUUGCCACCCUGGCAUGGGCAGGCAGAUUGACAGCUUGAAUCACGAUUGCUGUCGUGCUGUUACACAAUAUCUCAAGCUUUCAGACGUUGUCUCUGUACAUUAGGGCAACCCUAAUAGUCAGCCAUAAUAUAUCUGGGUAAAUCUGCUGGUGCCUCAUGUUUCCGUAGGUAUUUUUUGAGAGGCACAUUUUUGCAUUGUCAGCUGUAUGAUGAUGAUGGUAUGAUAAACCUUUAUUACGCUCUCUCGGAACACGCGUCAGCACAUAGCGGGCCGCUCCCACAUUGGUACAGAAAGGCCGAGCCUCUCUGCUGCGUCGCAGGGCCCGAUGGACAGCCUAUAGCUGUGCUUCAAGAUCGGUGCUGCUUAGGGCAGCCUCCCAUUUGGACGACGUGACACCAUCGCUGUCGCGUAACGCGGGGCACCGCCAGAGCAUAUGUUUCAAGUCAGCUAGGUCUGAGCAUAGCUCGCAAACAUUGUCAACUGUGUCAUAAUUUAAUAUUGCUCGUUAUUAGCAACAAUGAGAUAAUGUUAGGGCUCAUUAGAGGACGCGCACUGAUUGCAUGCCACCUCUGGGAUGUUGCUUAGCGAAUAUACAAAAUGGUAGAAUGCUAUAAAAGCAUUCUUGCAUUCAAAAUUGUGGGCAAGUACUUGUACAAACUCUAAUGGUCCACCGGUUAUCCAUCCUACGCAUUAAGUGGCCUGCCCAGCUCCAUUUCUUCCUCUUAAUGUCAACUAGAAUAUUGGCUAUCCCUGUUUGUUCUUUGAUCCACACCGCUCUCUUCCUGUCUCUUAACGUUAGGCCUAACAUUUUUCGUUCCAUCGCUCUUUGUGCGGUCCAUAACUUGUUCUGGAGCUUCUUUGUUAACCUCCAAGUUUCUGCCCCAUAUGUUAGCACCGGUAGAAUGCAAUGAUUGUACACUUUUCUUUUCAACAACAGUGGUAAGCUCCAAGUCAGGAUUUGGCAAUGCCUGCCGUAUGCACUCCAGCCCAAUUUUAUUCUGUAAAUUUCUUUCUCAUGAUCAGGGUCCCCUGUGAGUAACUGACCUAGAUAAACAUACUCCUUUACAGACUGUAGAGGCUGACUGGCGAUCCUGAAUUGUUGUUCUCUUGCCAGGCUAUAGAACAUUGUGUUCUGCAUAUUAAUCUUCAACCCCACUCUUACACUUUCUCUGUUAAGGUCCUCAAUCAUUUGUUGUAAUUCAUCCCCAUUGUUGCUGAAUAGGACAAUGUCAUCUGCAAACCGAAGGUUGCCGAGAUAUUCGCCGUUGAUCCUUACUCCUAAGCCUUCCCAGUCUAAGAGCUUGAAUACUUCUUCUAAGGAUGCAGUGAAUAGCAUUGGAGAGAUUGUGUCUCCUUGCCUGGACCCCUUUCUUGAUAAGUAACUUUCUACUUUUCUUGUGCAGAACCGAGGUACCUGUGGAAUUCUUGUCGAUAUUUGCCAAAAUAUUCACGUAUGACUGCUGGUAUCUCUACUGAAUCAAAUGCUUUUUCAUAAUCUACGAAAGCUAUAUAGAGAGGUUGAUUGUACUCCGCAGAUUUCUCUAUUACCUGAUUGAUGACAUGGAUAUGAUCCAUCGUUGAACAUCACUUCCUGAAGCCAGCCUGUUCUCUUGGUUGGCUGAAGUCAAGUGUUGCCCUGACUUUAUUGGAAAUUAUCUUGGUGAAUAUUUUGUACAAUACUGAUAGCAAGCUAAUGGGUCUAUAAUUCUUCAAUUCUUUAACGUCUCCCUUCUAAUGGAUUAGUGUAAUGUUGGUGUUCUUUCAGCCCUCUGGUACACUUGAAGUCGCGAGGCAUUGCGUAUAAAGAGCCGCAAGCUUUUCAAGCAUGAUAUCUCCUCCAUCUUUGAUUAAGUCGACCGUUAUUCCAUCUUCUCCGGCAGCUUUUUCCCUUGUCAUGUCUUGCAAGGCCCUUCUAAUGUUAUCACUAGUUAUAGAAGGAGCCUUUGUAUCCUGUUCAUCACUACUUCAAAUGAAAGUAGCUUGGCUGCUCUGGGUACUGUACAGGUCAGUAUGGAAAACCGGUGGACCAUUAGAGUUACAGAAUGGAUACCAAGGGAAGGGAAGUGCAGUCGGAGGAUGGCAGAAAACUAGGUGGGUUAGGAAAUUUGCAGGUUCAAGUUGGAAUCGGCUAGUGCAAGACAGGGGUAAUUGGAGAUCGCAGGGAGAGGCCUUCGUCCUGCAGUGGACAUAAACAUAGGCUGAUGAUGAUGAGUUGUAUAAAUGUCAAUAUUUAUUGCUUGAGAAUUUGUGUGUGUGUGUGUGCGUGUGGCCAUCCUUGAAAGCACUGUGUUAACAUAUUUGUUUGUUGGUGGCGUUAUUCUGACGUUUGCCAUAGCAAUUAGCAGGUGACCUAGCUACCUAGCUUGACUUUAAAACUUGUGGGAGUGCUAGGCUUUUCUGACUAUGAGAAGCUGAAGUCAGUGAUGCUUAUGGGAUACGUCAUACAUUGUGUCCUGCUUAAUUGUCCAAUUUAUAAAAAUAAUAGAGGGCUGCUCACAAGUAGAAGCACAUUGCCAUCAAUUAUCUAUCUAGUCACACUAAUGUCUUAAUGUAAGUCAUUAUGUGAAUAAAAUGAAAUAACCCUGUAUUUGACCAGUUGUUUAAUGACUUAAACGUCAACAAAUUGUAAAGCGCAAGAACAUUACUUGUUUCUGAUAGAAAACUUUUGCAUGGUUGGUUUUUUUGGGUCAGUAGAGUACACUGAAUGUGGCACGCAUAGUUGUUAAUAACUUGCUAUUGUUGAAAUGGUUAUUACUGUAGCUAUGCUUUUACUAUGCUUGAUGGCAGACUCUGCCAGCUCCUGCAGCUGCUAUUUUUCAUCGGCUGCAGCAUGGCUAAAAUGUAGCCUUACUGCAGGCACUGUAGUCCUCGCUGUAGUGAGCACUGUCUUUUCACGCCUUUUGUGGCUUGCCGAGACUCUGCUGAUGGUAUAAAUGAGAUUCCUUCCGUUCCAGAAAUGUAAUUUAAUGAUCUAUUUUAACUCGGCAUUCCUCUUUAGCGUCCGUUUAAGCGUUUUGAACCUAGUGAAUGCUGCAGUGCAUUGCUGCUGCAUUGUAUGGAAAGGCAGGCUACGAGAAAAGUAAGACAAGGACAACACAAACACUCACUACCAACUGAGAGGUCGCAUAUUGGCGGAAAAGAAGGAAGAUGCAAAAAUUAUCUGUGCAUGCUCGUCCCCCACUAUGGCUGAGCCUCGUAAUCAUGUUGUGUUUUGUCAUGUAAAACUCCACAGUUUUUUUUGUUUGUUUUUUGUGCAUGCUUGAGAUCCUUGGUCACUUCUGAUUGCAGUGACAUCUCAUGAUGACACUUGUAUUUUCUUGCCACCAACUAGUGCCUCACACAGAGUGAAAUGAUCAGAGCAGGCACACAGCUUGAAGCUUUCUUCCAUUAGGUGAUGAUACGACUUCUUUUGGGCGGCUUGUAGCACCGUGGUCACGAUGGCUGCAGCUACUCGUGUGUGUCAGUUUCGCCUCACCAUAUGUGACUUUGCUUAGUAAAAUGUAAAUAUGUUAGGCUGAUAUUUGUGCACUACACUGCAGUGAUAGACUAACCAUCCAUUGGGGUAUCACGAAAAUGUAGCUGAUGUCACCUCUUUGUGUAAACGGGAAUGGUGCCAGUGUUGGAGAGGACGCGCGCUUUUCAAACACUUUUGUUGGCUCUCCCACAAUGAUAUAGCUUGGCGUGGUCGACUGUUGGGCUAGAUUGUAAUGUAUUCAGAACAGAAGCAAGGCAUGUUAAGGCAAGAAAGUGUCUGUCCUGUACGCCUUACCUCUGCUCUUUUCCUGCAAUGUUUUCACAAGUCAGCAACACAAUGUUUGUUUGGCACAUGUAAUCAUGACCAGGUGCUCGAACACACUGUGCUUGUCCAUUCAAAUGCUCACACCUGUAUAGGGCAGGGCACCUUUUAGGAGAAAUUUAUAAUUGUUGAGCUUAUCUCUUGGAUAGGCUGUUUGUGCUUAAUUAGGAAUUUGCUAGGAAAUGAUUGCCUAGUACCGGGAACCACGUGCCAAUUGAGCAUGGUCCAUUUUUGCCAACUCGUUAAUGCAGUGUAUACUGAAUUAUGACAAAGCUCUACACUUGUUGGGGGCUCUGCUGCUAAGCAGUGAGCCUGUGCUGCUUCUGUGAUACUUUAAGAAAAGGCAUCCUUUGCCUUCUUUAUUUUUUUUUGUCCAUUGUCACUAGAAUGUUUUGUUAUCUGUUUCAUUCAAUUCAUUUUGACGAAAUUGGAAUGCUGUGUGUUCUGAAUUGCCAGACCAUAGCUCUCCACUUAUAUAAAGAUGAUGCUGUCCUCAUUUCAACAAGAACUUUCAUCCUGUGCAUUUUCUUUGGUACCUUGAAGAAGGCAAUUAAGACUUCUUUGGAUUCAUACUGAUUAGAUGUCAGUUUCUUGUUGCAUUGUUUGUUACUGAGUACUGUUUCAUUGUUUGUCUAGGCACUGUGAACUGUGGGUAGUUGGGCAUUGUUUACUGUUGUGGGAUUACAAUAAACACUGCAUCUAUGUCAUGCCAAUGUUUUGUUGUCUCUGUUACAUGUAGGCAAUCGGAUAUUGCUGCUUUAGUUAUCCCAGCCGCAGUCAUGUUGCCUUUAUCUGUACUGUUCAAGGCAACAUUGAAGGGCCAACUAACGAAACAACGACAGAAAGUACUAUAAAAAGUGUUUUCAAGAAUGCAGUCUCACUUUGUGUAUUAUGUACCAUGUACAUCAUAAAACACUGCACUGAGGCCAACCCUUACUUUAACGAAGUGUAGACAACUAGCUGUGUGUGGGGGGAGUUUGAUUAUUCUGCUCUGCGACGGCUAGCAGCUAAAACACUUCGUCAGCACUGGAACCAUUUUGUUGAUGUUGACAUCAAUUUUAAAAAAAGAAAAAAGACAGCUUCACUAAGAAGGUGCCCUCAUUCUCUUCCUCUUGUAUUGUAUAUUGAACUGUUUGCACUUUCAUUUUAAUCAGUUCCAUGUGGGCAGACAAGCAUUAUUAAAAGCAGUAUUACCAGUUGUUUGCUAAUUUCAUUAUAAUGAGUGAAAUGAAGCCAUUUGCAGUGCCUAGGUCGUGGUUACUGCUGGAUAUGAAAAGGUAGAAGCAUCUUGAAUCGACGAUUUGCAAAGAAACUGACUGUGCUGCAGGGACAACCAAUGACAAUACUGCAAUGGCAAGCCAGGGUAAAAGCAGAUCAGAGGAUAACUGCAAGAUAGUAUUCAUUGACAGCACUUCAGAAAUUGCACCCACUUGACUUCCAAAUGGUUAUAUAUGCAAGUGCUUGCAUUAGGAGAAGCACUUAUUGUACAUGUGUGAUGAAGGGGCUUUAGCGUAAAUGUGAGCGGCCUGCACGGUACAGCCAUCUGGUGGUGCUGAGCUUAACAAGUGCAACAACUGCUUGCACUUGUUGCACGUCAGCGGACACGCAGCGCUACUAUUUCAUACUUGCAAGUAGGUUCUGGUGCUAUCUUGUUUUAGAUAUUGCACUGUACCUGCAGAUACCAAUAUGAAGUCAUCUUUCUCUGCUCUACAAAACAAAGUAUCCAGUGCUGUUGAAACGGUGCAAGCUUUUUACACUUGUUCACUUUUCUGAAGGGUGUGACUGUAGUUGGAGCAUAAGCUGGAUUUCUCCAUUUGCAUUAACUUUGAGUAUGCACUGCGGUACAUUGCUCAUGUUAAUUUGCCAGUUGAGAAGUUGCUGCAAUAAAGCUGUUCUUUCAUUUCA